AUGGACAUAUCGACUCUUGUGCGGGCUGUGAUCGCAGCAUUCGAAGAUGCCUCCAAGCUGGUACGGCGCAUUCACGACCAAAGAGAAAGGGGAAGCGGCGCAUGCCUUCCCGAAGAUCCUACUCGGGAGCUAUUGGAAUCCCUCACCCUUGGGCCUGCCAUUGUCCGUGGCCACUACGAGCAUGACCUGAAGCGCUUCGGAGAAUCAUAUGCCUGUGGGGAUAUACAAGCCCGGGAGCAGAUGAAAGAUGUCCUGAUCAAUCUGCAAAUGACCCUCAUCGUCACCCUGAGGAAUGUGUAUAUGGACGAGAUGGAUCUUGACUUCAACACCGUCCGGACAGCCUCGGAUGACUGUCGCGUCAAUGCCAGUGUCUGUCUCGGGCAGUUGUCUCAACGUCUUUCCGACGCAGCGAAAGUUCAAGCGUAUUAUCCUCAAAACAUACCCUAUGGCUCUCGUGCGAGUCUGAUGCCGCCAUCAUCUCCGUCGCUGGGAUAUUCCAGUAGUCGGAGUACCCAAUCGUCGGCAGCCUUUCCAACCCCUCGAACUCCAGAUCCGAGCGUGGAACAGUUCGGCAAUCUGGCCGUUUCACCACCGGGACAUCCACCGCUUGUAGAUGGAAAGAUAUCGAUGAACUCCGAGGGCUUACAGGACAAAUGCGAGCGGGACAAAUGCGAGCGUAUUCCAUUGUCCCGCCCGACCGCCGGGCUCCAGAUCGAGGUGCCGUCAAGUGCUGUGCACAGGAUUAACGAUACGGAUGCACGGAGUUUGCGGCGGAGGUCAUCCCAAGCACUUGCGCCAGAGGACAAUAUUCUGCUACUGUUUCCUCAACCGGGUCACCCCGCCCCCAUUGGCAAACAAGCAGAACGAGAAUAUUUCGGGUCUUCGGGCAGAAGCAGUCAUGCGUACUCAUCUCCGGACAUCUCACGAGCCUCAAGCGGUCAUCGAAGUCGAAAGUCGCGAGAUCGAUUCGGUCCCGACGAUUAUGAUGAACACGAACACACUAUUCGGACAGAUGGGCGACAGUAUAGCCACAGUACAAUCUACGAUAUGUAUCAUCCUUCGACAUCAGAGCAGCAUCCGUCUGCUCCUGCUUCUUCAACUUCGUAUUCUCAGAGGGCUCAAGCCAUCAGUCAUGCGCCCUACGAACACGUACGGUAUCUACAGGAAAACAGCAGACCACCUCGACCACAACCCCGAUCGGACUCACUGAAUGCAUCCAAAAGAAUGCAUCACCUCCACGAACUUUACAACCAUCCGGUCCGUCUGGAGAAGGAUGUCCAACAGCCUCCCUCACGACAGUUUGACAGCCGACCAUCCCAUGCCGCCCCGAUUCCAGUUGACUCGGUCCACCACGAAAUUAGCGGCCCUCCACUGUACCCUCUGCCUCAGCCUCCAUCACAUCAACAUCAGCAUCAUGCAUCAACCGCUUCACGACAUCUUCCACCCACAUCCAUGAGUUCAUACACGCGAACCACAUCCACACAUACAGAAGCUUCGUCCACGCCAUCGGUCACCCUUUCCAUCAUCACUACUGGGCCCGUGACCCUACCGACCGACAAAAACCUGCUGGGGUUCUGUAAAGGUGCGUUUCGUCUGCAAGCGGGCCUGGAGCGGAAGGCGUUCAGUCUGGUGAACCGUCCAGCCGGGUUGGUGGGGAUGACCACGUCGUGGAAAUGCGAGAAGUGCAAUUUCGAAGGACCCAUCCACGAGACCAUUGUGGUGCGCGAGGGGAAGAAAAAGGGCAAAGCGGAACGAUCGUUCGAUCCCAAAGUCCGCACCUCCCAAGGCGGCGGUGUCCGGUAUCGAUGGGCCUUUCUGGCCCGAUGCCACGUCACAUUGAAGGCCAUGGUCCCCAGCAACACGGCGCUGGGGCGGGAAGGUGCUUUUGGCAGUUUCGGCUGUAUCUUCUGCUGUGCGGAGGGGAAGAGUCGGGGCUGGUUGGAUGCGGGCGACGCGCUUUCGACGUGCAGUGGUAGUGCCGGUGCGAAUGGACGGUCAAUCGCCAGUCGCAGUGGUAGUGUCAGAUCAGGACAUACGGCCAACACGGCGAUCAAGAUGGUCAGUAGUGGCGGAAGUAAUGGACUUUUCAACCCAAAUGGGCACGGGUUGGGUAAAGGAAAAGGAAGAGGAGAAGAGACUUCAAUGCUGACCACGACGGCGUCGCCCACCCCGAUUUUCGGCAAUGUCGCCAGUUUCAUGCAGCAUCUCGAAACCGUGCAUCGUGGACAAGACGGCUGGCCUAAUGCCGAGAUGGUCGGGCGGUUCAGAGUGGUUGUUGCACGAGUCGCUCCGGCAGAUGACCAUGAUUGGGAGGUCAACUUAGUGCCGUAUUGA